GGGAACCUAUUAAAUGUUCUUUUAGCUUGCUGUAAAGGCAAUGAAUACCUAGGACAACUAAUUGGCACGGGUUCCAAGGAAAAGCAAUGUCGAGUGAACAACCGGCAGUGGUGCUAUUGUUUAUGGGCUAGUAACAGUCUGAAACUAUGUCAGCAUUUAAUCUGGAACGCUUCCGUUUUGAUAAGAGCAAGAAAAUCGAUACUGCUUUUGGUGAAAAGGGUUCAUCAAGUCGGCCAAGCACACCAGUUUCUCAUCUGGAGGAAAAUGUGACCAGCAUCCCUGAGACCCCUGAAGCUAAGAGGACAAGUACCCCAUCACUCUUUAAAAAAGAUAAAGGGGUUGGUUUUAUGGAUUCAGAUUCCGAAAAUGAAGAUCAUCAGAGCAAAUCAAUCUUAGGUUCUACACACUGGAAAUCACAUCCAAGGGAGGAAAAUGGCACAUCUGAUUCUGUAACUGAUGAUUCUGCGGAUGAAUAUCUUCAGGUUAAAAGACCACCAGCCUCUACUUCUCAGGAAAUGGAUGGAUCGAAAUAUAAGAAACUCCAAAGCCUUAAGGAAAUUUUCCCUAAACAGAACAAUGAAGAGCUGUUGCAACUAAUUGAGUCAACAAGCACUCUUGAUGGAGCAGUAGCUGCUGGAGUAGUAUUAUUUAAUAAAAAAGGUUCGUCUCGAAAGAGGAAAUUAGAUGAAGUCCCUAAAGACAGCUCUCCAGUUCAUAAAGGCAUUAAUGGACAAGCCACAAAGAAAACAAAAAUUGCUGCACCUUCAGAAGAUGAUAGUUCUCUAUCUGAAGAUGACUGGGAAAAGCAAGAAGCAAGCGUGAAGAAGUUGCAGCGGCACUUUCCUGAUUUGGAUAAAGAGGAUCUUAGAGAAGUUCUUCAAGAGCAUGACUGGUCAUUUCAUGAAGCCCUAGAAGCUUUAAAACUUUUUGCAGAAGAUGAGACAGAUGCUUUGCAAAAUGCUUCUAAAAAUGAGGUUGGUAAUGGAAAAGAGCUCUCCAGAUCUAACAAAAAUAACCAUGAAAGCAGUGCCAAAGCAAAGGCACACCAAACUCAUAAAGCAAUGGCUCCGAAUGGUGUAAAGAAAAAAACAAAAGGGAAAAAAAAAAUUGAAAGUGCCAAAAGGGAUACGAGGGACCCAGAGAGCGAGGAAUCAGCCUCUGAUGCUGGAAGUUGCCUGGAUGAAGACUAUAGCAGUGGUGAUGAGAAACUGGAGGAGGAAUACAAAGCUAAAAUCCUUAGCUUCUUGCAGGAUGCUUCACUAGAUGAACUGUAUUUGAUACCUCGUUGUUCUCAUAAAAAAGCUCAGAAGAUAACUGAGCUCCGGCCCUUCAGCUCUUGGGAAUCUCUGUUUCAAAAAAUGACCAGGUCUAAUGGCCUUUCAGAAGAUCUAAUAUGGGACUGCCAAACAUUGAUAAAGGAGAGAGAGGUGGUUAUGAAGCUUAUGAAUAAAUGUGAAGAGAUUUCACGGACGCUGACAAAACAGGUGACUCAGCUUACUGAAGAUGGGGAAUGUGGAUGGAAUAUUGAGCAGCCUUCAAUAAUGUCUGAAAACUUGGUGCUUAAACCAUAUCAGAAGAUUGGUUUGAAUUGGCUUGCAUUGCUGCACAAACAUAAUGUGAAUAUGAUUCUUGCAGAUGAAAUGGGUCUGGGAAAAACUGUACAAGCCAUAGCAUUUCUUGCAUACCUUUAUAUCACUGGCGAUACAGGUCCUCAUCUUGUUGUUGUACCAGCUUCAACAAUGGAUAACUGGAUUAGAGAGUUCAACCAGUGGUGUCCUAGUAUGGAUGUUUUACUUUACUAUGGCUCUCAAGAGGAACGAAGACAUUUACGCUAUGACAUUCUAAACAAAGUUGUUGAAUUCAGUGUGAUAGUGACAACAUACAAUUGUGCAAUCAGCAGUGCUGAAGAUCGCAGCUUGUUUCGGCGCCUCAAGCUUAAUUUUGCUGUUUUUGAUGAAGGCCACAUGUUGAAGAACAUGAGUGCAAUUCGCUACCAGCACCUUAUGACUUUAAAUGCCAAGAGUCGCUUACUACUGACUGGAACUCCAGUGCAGAACAACCUGUUAGAACUCAUGUCCCUACUAAACUUUGUGAUGCCUCACAUGUUCAGCAGCAGCACCAGCGAGAUCAAGAGACUUUUUUCUUCUAAAGCGAAAUCCACUGAUGAGCAAAGUUCAUUCGAAAAGGAGAGAAUUGCUCACGCCAAGCAAAUUAUGAAGCCAUUUAUUCUGAGGAGAGUGAAGAAUGAGGUACUUAAACAGCUACCUCCUAAACAAGACCAAAUCAAAUUUUGCCAAAUGUCCAAAAAACAGGAACAGCUAUACAGUGACCUCUUGAAUAAAUUAAAGAAGUCUAUUGAUGUAACAGAGAAGAAUACAGAACUAUGCAAUGUAAUGAUGCACUUGAGAAAAAUGGCCAACCAUCCUUUACUCCACAGGCAGUAUUUCACAGCAGAGAGACUAAGAACCAUGUCUAAACUAAUGCUCAAGGAACCUACUCACUGUGAAGCCAAUCCAGAUCUCAUCUUCGAAGAUAUGGAAGUUAUGACGGACUUUGAGCUACAUAGACUGUGCGGUGAAUUUGCCACUCUUUCUCAGUAUAAAUUAGAGAAGGAACUGAUACUGGAUUCUGGGAAAUUUAAUGUACUGGAAAAGCUUUUAUCAGAUAUUAAGAAAAAGGGUGACAGAGUUGUAUUAUUCAGUCAAUUCACCAUGAUGUUGGAUAUUAUAGAAGUUUUCCUGAGGCAUCACCAGCAUAGAUAUGUCAGGCUGGAUGGGAAAACACAAAUAUCAGAAAGGAUACAUCUUAUAGAUGAGUUUAACACUGACAUGGAUAUAUUUAUAUUCCUUCUGUCAACCAAAGCCGGGGGACUUGGGAUCAAUCUGACAUCAGCAAACAUCGUCAUUCUUCAUGAUAUAGACUGCAACCCUUAUAAUGACAAGCAGGCAGAGGAUCGAUGCCACAGAGUCGGCCAGACCAAGGAAGUAAAUGUGAUCAAGUUAAUUGGCAAAGAAACCAUUGAAGAGUCAAUGCUGAAGAUAAGUCAGCAGAAAUUAAGGCUGGAACAAGACAUGACAACUGUGGACACAGGAGAUGAAGGAACCAUUCCUCUGGACAUGGCUACUUUACUGAAAACAUCCCUAGGUCUUUAAUUAAACGGCAAGUCUGCUAUGUCCUGACGCCUGAUAUAAAGAAGCAGAUGAAGCCAGUCGUUUACUUUCUACUGACUUUGCAAUUAUUGAACAUUUGUACUUUUUUCUUUUUUUUUGUAACCAGCUAAACCUGCUCCAAUAAACCUCAGGUUAUUAAAAAUGAGCUGUUAUGGCACAAGAUGUACAUUCUCUUCCCAGCAGCACUUGGGUGCCACGUUGAAUGGGUGCGGACUCUUUUGCGCUUAUAUUGCCGGCAUUUCUGUACUGCCAGUGGUUUCCUACCUCUGAUGCUCUCAGCUGUAUUCCAGGGAAUAACGUAUAUUUUUAUGGAGACUCAGAAGUUGGCUUUUUUUUUUAUGUUACAUUGGUAAAGAAAGUUAAAGAGAUAUUAAAAUUAUCACUUGAAAUUGAGUUUUCAGUAAGAAUUUUUUUUUUUUGUAAACUAAA